AUGGCGGAAGAAAAGAACAAGAAGAUCAUCAUUGCAUCCGACGACAGCGACGAUGAGCACUCAGGUGACACAGCUUCAGAUGAGCAGACGACAGACCUGAGUACGAUAUUGGACAAGCUUACUUUGGGACCCAAGAAGCAGAAGAAGAAACUAAUGGUCUUAAGUCUGAAUGGUCUACUUCUACACAGAGUUCAUAUAAAAAAUAUGUGUAAAAAGCCUAAGAACCGUACGCCAGAUGCUUCAUGUGGGCCAAAUCUUGUGUAUAAGAGGCCAUUUGCUGAAGAGUUUAUGAAGUUCUGUCUUGAGAGAUACGAAGUUGGGAUUUGGUCCUCUGCUUGCGAGUUAGAUCAAGAAAAGUGUACGGACAGUGGAUUUAAGACACUAGAGAACGGUGCUAAACCUAUGUUCUUCAAGGAUCUCUCUAAAGUGUUCAAGUGCUUUCAAGGGUUCUCUGCUUCAAACACCAUCUUCAUUGAUGAAGAGCCAUACAAAGCUCUUCUUAAUCCUGAUCAUACUGGUUUGUUCCCAUUCAGUUAUGAUGCUAAUGAUAAAAAAGAUGAUCUUCUUGAUCCAGAAAGAAAAUUCUGUGCUUACUUGGAUGAUCUGGCGAAUGCAUCGGAUGUUCAGGCAUAUAUAAAAGAGCAUUCUUUUGGUCAGUCAAUGAUUGAUUCUUCUCAUCCCGAUUGGAGUUUCUACAGCAAAGUUUCAAAGAUUGUCUCUUAUCUUGCGUGA